AUGGCGGACUCAACCCACACGGUUGUCUCUGCUCUCCAAGAGCGUGGGAUCGUCUUCAAGAAGGCCGGCGUCGAAUCGGAUUUCAAUAUCGACACAGAAUAUGGCAGAAAGAAUGCCCAAUGGGCUGCGGAGCACCUGUCCCCGCAUACGUUGCUUUCCAAAGAAGAAGUAGCUCUGUUUCAAAAAUUGGAAACAUCAGGAGCAUCCCAGACGUUUACUAGACAUCCUGCACUGGCAUCGACACGACCCUUGGACGAAGACGCGAUCCGCGAAGCCACCGCUAGUUUGAAGGCAUCAACUGCGACGUACCGCAAACAAACAGCCGCCCUAAAAUCACAAAAUGAAAUAUUGGACAGCCUGCAGGCCAGGGAGCGAGAGGCUGGUCGGGCCUAUGAACAAGGUGUCGCUGCGCUGACCAGGCGACAUUUGCUGGAGAAACAGAGGAAAACAGCUAUGGCCGACGAUCUUGUGAAGGAUUUUGAAAGCAGAAUGCUCUUGGAACAACAGCAGAUGCACAUCCACAAGGGACAAUUUCUCCAAAAAGUCACAUCUAAGCUAAAGAACGACGAUCGAGCCCUUGUCGAAGCCGAGCUUUUUGCCGCAGAGUUGGAACUGACCGAGGAGGAUGAAAAAUCCGAGAAACGGGCGAUGGAGUUGACCUCGACCCUGUCAAAACUGGUUUCAGAUGAAAUUUAUUGCCGUCUAGACCGACUCUAUCUAGAAACGCUUCUUACAACAGGUGGCGAGAACUCCGAAAGAUGGGCAGAAAUCAGGGACCAAGUGGUUGCAGUAGAGGAUGAUCUACAAUCCCUCUACCUGGAAAUUAAUGUCUUAGCUGAAAUGUCUUCAAGACACGAAUUUGGCGAGCGAAUACGGGACGAACUCCGAAAAAACAAGCAAAACCAUAGUCACUCUUUGGAGGAUUGCCUUGAGAUGAUUCUGCACCUGAUGUCUGAAAUGACAGAUUCCAACAGUCAAAUUGUCGAUAGACUCUUGCAUCACCAGUCACGUCGCGAAGCCUUAAACCUCUUAUCUGCCUCGUAUACGAGUGAAAGUGCACGAAAUGACGCAUUGCAAAACAAAAGCAAAAAAUCCCACCGCCGACAAUCUUCGUUGGGCUUUGGAGCAGCGCUGCAGCCUCCUAUUUCGCCCCAGAAGCAUCAGCUGCAGGCUCUCGACAACAUUCUACGCCGAUUGGGCAUUUCAGGGGCUGACCAAGCUUCAUCUCUGGAGGCUGGUCCUGAAUCAUUGAUUUCUGAAAGACGAUCUCGGAUGAUUGACCUUUUACAUAAUCUAGGUACAGCUGCAGAGAUGCCGCUAAAGGAGUAUCUGGAGCCAACAGAUAAAGCCAUGGAACUUUUCUCUGCCGUCUUGCAAUCAAAUUCCGAUUUCCAACCAUCUCUGCUUGACCCAUCUCAGAAAGAGCGACUUGCGGAGUUGGAAAAGGAGCUGACGACAGUCCAGAAGGGGAUUGAGGGAGUAAACCUUGGUGUCCUUGUUGAACAAAGCCAAGGACGUGGGAAACAGUUCAGAGCUGCCGACUAUAGUUGA